AUGACAUUGAAAGAUUUUAAUUCAAAAGAAAUUGAAUUCAAUCGAUCAAAAUCUGCUCACCAAUUAACAACAAGUGAAACGAAUAAACGAGAUCAUCGUUUAAGUGAUUCACAUACAAAUCCAAAAUUCCAACGAAUACGAACGUCUUUUUUCAAUUUACUACAUGCACAUCGAGCAACACAUCAUACUGAAAAUAAAAAUAUAUAUCAACAACAAGAAUCCUUAGCACGUCGUCUAUCAAUUAUUAAAUCAUCUGACAUAGCACAAAAUCUAGAAAAGAAAACCGUUGCAUUCGCAACUACUUUUGAUGAACUAGACAAUCAGUACGAUGAAGAUCAUUUACAUAGCAAUCCAGAAAGUCAAGCUAUCGACGAUAUAACAUCAGAAACGGAUAUUGUUACUGUUAUUUCAAAGAAAGAAAUGAAUGACGAAAUACCGACAGAUUCAAACAAAAAUAUCGAACCCUACCCAUUUCGUUCUGAAGCGCAAAUAUCUGCAUCUUCUCAAUCAAAUUCAAAAAUUGGCAUUACUAAUGCACAUCAUCAUCAUUCACGAAAGAACAUCAUCGAUCGUUUCACUCAUCAUCAUCAUACAAAAAAACUUCAUCCUCUGCCAACUGUUAAAUAUAGCAGUCCAAACAACUUAUCAAAGUCAUCACCUAACAUAGUGCUUGCAUCUUCAACACCUACAACCUCCACAAAAGUUAUAACAAAUGAUCGAACAGGACCAUUAAAAACUGUUCGUACAUGGCUUAAAUCAUUACCAUUAAGUCCGUUUGCUCAAUCAACUCAUAAACAUUCACAUACAAAUAAGUCAUCAAAACCUCAAAAACCACAAAUUGCACGUCGAUCAAUUGGAUUACGAAGAUUUUCUGAACUUCAAUAUUAA